AUGGCUCGGGGAACGAUGCGCUUGCUGGCGCUGCUGGCGACGCUACUGGUGGUGGCGAGCUGGUCUACAGUGGACGCUGAAGCCAAGAAGAGUCGCAAGGGAAAGGAUUCUCCGCUCAAGGGCAGCGAGAAGCUGGCCCAGCUGCAGGGCCGCGUGCGCGACGGUGUGAUCCCGUUUACGAGCGAACUCUACGGACGCUACGCCGUGCGACCGGACCGUCCGUACCACUUGGUGCUUCUGUUUACAGCUACGGCCGCAAAGUACAAGUGCGAGACGUGUGCACAGGUAUCUCCCGAGUUUGAGAUUCUGGGCGAGAGCUACGAGGCUGCCAAGCAGGUCAAAGUGGACACUCGUGAUGGGACACGAGGUCUUUUUCGUAUCGUGGACUUUGAGACCAACCAGGAGGCUUUUCGGCAUGUACGAGUCACAUCUGCCCCCUCACGUGGUGGUCGCCAGCAGUUCGUCUACGAGGGGCUCAUUGUUGGCGGCUACGACGUGGCCGCUGCUGUCUUCAUGAUCCUGCUGUCGCAGUGGGCGCUGUACGUGCGCAACCCCGCUGUGCGCUACCUGUCCAUCGUGGGCUGCGCUGUGGGCUUCGUGUUCAUGUACCGCCAGAUGACGAACGCCUACAAGUUCAAGAACCGCUGGUACACGGGCUGGAUGGGCUUCUAAGGCGGCACGUUACCCAAAUACCAAGGGGCACGUUGCGGUCUGUUGCAGAAGAGAAUUGCGUUCAUUUGUGCAUCACUAAAAGCUCAUUUUGAACAAGUUGUCUUUUUGUCGUC